AUGAGGGAAAUAUUUUAUAAUUCAGACAAACAUAUUGUUGAAUGGCCCAAUACGGGUCUUGAUGAAAGUAAAGCAAGGAAAUUACAAGGAAGAAGCAAACAACCGGACUUUGUAGUAUUUAUUAUCCACCAGCUACAGAAAAUAAAAAGCGGUGUUAUAUUUGUGGGUGAAACUGCCUUGAAUAGACUGGGUGCUGAAAUAAAAUUUCUAAAUUUUCAAUGCGUUGAUUAUACAUUAGACUUCUAUAUGAUGGAUCUCAUUCAAGGAACAUAUGUUAUAAUCCAUAUCGGGCGAUUUUCAGUUCCGGCUUCGGUGAAAGCGAUGUUGUCUUUCGUUGAUGAAAUAGAUGUGCUUUUAGGAUUUUGUUCAUACUUUUCAAAAGCUCAGCUUGAAGAGAGGAAAGCUUUAUUAAAAGAGAUUUAUACUCCCUCUUUCUCAAAAUUAAAGAAGGGGACAAAAGAAUAUUUAGAUCUUGGUAAAUCUGGGAAGGUCUGGGAGAACUAUUUUCGUCCGUUUGAAUGGCGUGCACAGGAUUAUGAAUUUUACGCAACAUAUUCCGGUUUUCUAGAUGAGAUAUCUGUCAUCAAAGAUACUAUCGAGAUUCCGGUUAACGAUCUUCUUCAACGUAUGAUUGUAAGUUUUUCGCAUCAAAGUUGCGUCAUAGAGGGAAAUUCACUAGGAAGUGCAGAGUCACAAAUCAUUUGGGAAAAAAUGAACCAAGACUAUAGCAUUGACGAUUUGCAAUGUGAGGGAGCACAAUUACCCGAACCGAAAUCUCUUCUUGAUAAACCUGGAAAGGAGAUUGAAGUUGUCGAAAUCCGUAACCACCUGCUUGCGACCCAUUACGUAUACAAUACUUUGCUAAAAUCAGAACAAGAAAUAAACAUCGACAAUAUAAAGAAGAUCCAUCGUACUCUUUUGAAAGAUACCCCACAGGAGAGAGUUAAUGUAUGGGGCAAAAUCCAGCAAGCAGGAAUGUUUCGAACAAUGUCAAUGCAGGCAGUAGGUUAUCAUUUGACCGUUUAUCCGUAUGGAGAGGAAGUGCCCGCGUUGACGGAAAGGUUUGUACAAUUUUACAACAAGACCGUUACUAGCGAUAAUGUUGAGGAUCAUGAACCAUAUCAAAUCCACCCUCUUAUGAACGCAUGUCGCAUACUUUCGUCCUUCCUUCAUAUUCAUCCAUUCUGGGAUGGUAAUGGACGUGUGGGACGUUCACUCAUGGCGCUUUAUCUUGCCCGUGGUGGCUUUCCACCCCUUGUUUUUCAACAGUUUGAUCAAAAAAAAUAUGCAGAUGCAUUGUAUAAGGCUCAGGCAGAGAAGGAUAUG